ACCUGUGGGUGUGACUGCGACCCGCACUCCUUUGACAUCACGGCUGAGAGUGGGAAGAGGGGGAACACGCAGGUCUCAUACAUUGGGUCGCUGACCAUCCAGGUGGAUGGCGUUACCAUCACAGUGGCCAGGGCAGAGGUCGGCUUUGUGAGGGUGAAUAAUACCAGGGCUCACUUACCCAUCUCCCUGAACAAUGGGGCCCUUCGGCUCUAUCAGAGCGGCACCUCCCUCAUCCUCCGCACCAACUUCAACCUCAGGGUGUCCUAUGACUGGAACAACCACCUGAGGGUCACCGUCCCUAAUGACUUCUCCGACAGCCUGUGCGGCCUGUGCGGCAACUAUAAUGGGGAUCGUUCUGAUGACUUCUGGACCCUAGCCGAGGAUCAGGAGCCCAGUGUCAUUCUCCAGGAGCAAAGCUUGGCAGUGGAAGAUGAGGAUCAGUUUUGCUGGCACGAUUGCAUUGGAGGCUGCAGACCCUGUGCCCCCAGCAUAGCCAGAAAGUACAAGGAGGAGGCCUCGUGCGGCCUGAUAACCAAGGUCUCAGAUGGGCCUUUCAGCCAGUGCCACAGCAAGGUGGAUCCUACAGUCUACUUUGACAACUGCGUGUACGAUCUGUGCCACAACGAUGGCUACAGGAAGGCCCUGUGUGAGGCCCUGAAGGUCUACGCGGAUGCCUGCCAGGUGGAGGGGGUCAGGAUUGGGGAAUGGAGGCAGCUGGCCAGAUGUCCCCUGGAGUGCCCCCUGGAGAACAGCCAGUACCAGCUCUGUGGAACAGCCUGCCCAGCCACGUGUGUGGACCAGUCAGCCCCCAGCAGCUGCCAAGACCCCUGCGUGGAAAGCUGCCAGUGCAAGGACGGUUUUGUGCUGAGCCAGGGCAAAUGUGUCCCCAAGGGCAGCUGUGGGUGCCUAUUUGAGGGACGCCCCUUUGCCCCCAGUGAGAGUUUCUGGGUCGAUGAGGCAUGUGGGACACGGUGCACGUGCAACGCAGCCACUAGACAAGUCGAAUGUGUGGCUGCUAAAUGCAAACGUUCAGAGAGGUGUGGGCUAGUGAAUGGCAUAAGGGGCUGUUACCCCUCUAGCUACGCCACCUGCUCUGUGACAAGGAAUCUGCACUAUGCCACCUUUGAUGGACAGAGAUACAACUUCCAAGGCACCUGCCACUACCAGCUAACUGCCCUGUGCAAGAAGGCAGAGGGACUGGUGGACUUUGAAGUCUAUUUCCAAGAGAACAGUACUGCUCCUGUACAGAUCAAGGUUUAUGAAAAUGACAUCAGGGUCAGCAAUCAAUUCCCUGGCAAAAUCAUGGUGAACAGUUUCCUGAUUAAUCUUCCCUUCAACCUCGAUAAGAAAAUCACUAUGUAUAGAAAUGGCAGGGCCACAGUGAUCCAGACAGACUUUGGCCUCAGCGUUACUUAUGCCGGGUGGUCAGGACGCACCACGGUGACUCUGCCAGUUACCUACACGAGAGCUGUGUGUGGUCUGUGUGGCAAUUUUAACAUGGACAGGAAGGAUGACAUGCUUAUGAGGGAUGGCACGCUGGCACCCAACCCCAUCAGCUUUGGCCAGAGCUGGAAGGUAGGAGACCUUCCAGGAUGUUCUGCAGUAAUGAUACCACCUUGCGUAAGUCUAGAAGCUAUUGAAAAACAACAACGAGGUAGCAGAGUGCAGUGUGGGCUCAUCCUAUACAAGAGUGGCCCUUUCAGAGAAUGUCACAGCAAAGUGGACCCCGAUGGAUACUUCAUGGACUGCGUGUAUGGCUAUUGCUUCAUCAGUGGGCGGGACAGUAACAUUUGUCAUGCUGUUGCUGCGUAUGCUGAGGCAUGUCAGGAAGCUGGAGCUAUAGUGCGUCGCUGGAGGACUAAGGAAUUCUGCUAUCUGUCCUGUCCCCUGAACAGUCACUACGAAUUAUGCAGCACCAGCUGCGAUCUGACAUGCAGCAACCUCUAUGCCCCGGUGCAAUGCACGACCCGGUGUAAGGAAGGCUGCGUGUGUGAUGAGGGCUUUGUUCUCAGUGGUGACCUCUGUGUCCCCAUUUCCCAGUGCGGAUGCCUCCACAGAGGACUUUACUACCAGGCCGGGGAGACCUUCCACCCGAGCGGUUCAUGCGAGGAGCAGUGCGUGUGUCAGGCUGGUGGGGAGGUUGUGUGUAAGGCAUUCUCCUGCAGCACUGGUGAGCAAUGCAGGGUGGUGGACGGUGUCCAGAAAUGCCACCCAUUUGGAUCUGCGACCUGUUCUGCCUCUGGCCAGUCCCACUACCUCUCUUUCGACGGGGUCCCCUUUGACUUCCAAGGCACCUGCACCUACAUCCUGGCCAAGACCUGCACCGAUGCCCGUGACCUUACACCAUUCACUAUCAGCGUAGAGAAAGAAUCCUGGGGCAGCGGGAAUGUUUCCAUGGCCAAGCUGGUGUCCAUUCAGGUGUAUGGGAUCACACUCACCCUGCUGCAGAACGUACAGGGGCUCAUCAUGGUGGAUGGGGUGUUCCACAACCUUCCAGUGAUCACGGCCAACAGGCGGCUCCAAGCAUAUCAGCAUGGUACUAACAUCCUGGUGCAAACUGACUUUGGCCUCAUUGUGAGUUACGACCUGGUUUACCAGGCCAGAGUCACCAUUCCACAGCGAUACCAGGGCCACACAUGUGGCCUGUGCGGAAACUACAGUGGACGGCAGGACAGCAAGUUCCUGCUCCCCAGUGGCAGGACAUCCUCUGAUGUGGCAGCAUUUGGCUCUGCUUGGGAAGUCCAGGUCUCAGGAGCAUCAUGUGUAGACAGAUGUGCUGGGAACAGCUGUCCAGUUUGUGAGGAGAGGAAGAAGGACGUCUUCAAACAGCACCACUACUGCGGGUUGCUCACAGCCCCUGACAGCCCCUUCACUGCCUGCCACGGCACGGUCAGCCCCAGCGUGUAUUUCAACAACUGCCUGUAUGAUCUGUGCCUGGGAAAGGGGGACUCCCAGGUCCUGUGCCAGAGCAUCCACAGCUACGUGACGGCCUGCCAAGAGGCCAAGGUCACCAUCCUGCCCUGGAGGAGCGCCUCCUUCUGCUCUGUGAGCUGCCCUGCCAACAGCCACUAUGAGGUUUGUGCUGACCUCUGCACUGUCGCCUGUGCUGGAAACAUCAUGGAUUGCCCAGAGACCUGUGCCGAAGGCUGCCAGUGUGACAAGGGCUUCUUCUUCGAUGGCCAGGGCUGUGUGACUCAGGAGAGCUGUGGAUGCUUUGAACAGGGGAGAUACUACAAGCCCAGACAGAUUGUCCUUAUGAAUGAGUGCCAGAAAAGGUGCACCUGUGUUCCGACCCGAGGGGUGACCUGCAAAGCCCACAGCUGCUCCAGAGGAGAAACCUGCGAGAUCAGAGACGGCGUUAUGGGCUGCAUCAGCAAAGUUAUUCCAUCCUGCAGUGUGGUUCGCUGCAGGGAAGGAACUAUUUGCAAGAUGAUAAAUGGGCAGCCAGAGUGUGUGCCAGUCUCUCGGGGCACGUGCUGGGCCGGGGGAUACUUGCAUUACCACACCUUCGAUGGACGGGGGUAUGAUUUCCACGGCACCUGCAACUACACGGUGGUCAAGACCUGCAGGGAUGCCUCCGUCCUACCCUCCUUCCAUGUCACGGCCAAGAACGAGAACAGUGGGAACACACAGGUUGUCUACAUUUGGUCAGUGACUGUCCAGGUGGAUGGAGUCACCAUCACAGCAGCCAGGGCUGAGGUCGGCUUUGUGUGGGUGAAUAACAACAGGGUCCACUUACCCAUCUCCCUGAACAACGGGGCCCUUCGGCUCUAUCAGAGUGGCACCUCCCUUGUCCUCCGCACCAACUUCAACCUCAGGGUGUACUACGACUGGAACAACCACCUGAGGAUCACCGUCCCUAAUGACUUCUCAGACAGCCUGUGUGGCCUGUGCGGCAACUAUAAUGGGGACCCCGCCGAUGACUUCCGGACCCUGGACGGGGACCAAGCUCCCAGUGUCGCCGCCCUGGGGAAAAGCUGGGCAGUGGAAGAUGAGGAUCAGUUUUGCUGGCAUGAUUGCAUUGGAGGUUGCAGGCUCUGUGACCCCAGCAUAGCCAGAAAAUACAAGGAGGAGGCCUCAUGCGGCCUGAUAGCCAAGGUCUCAGAUGGGCCCUUCAGCCAGUGCCACAGCAAGGUGGAUCCCACAGUCUACUUGGACAACUGUGUGUACGAUCUGUGCCACAACGAGGGCUACAGGAAGGCCCUGUGUGAGGCCCUGAAGGCCUAUGCGGACGCCUGCCAGCUGGAGGGGGUCAGGAUUGGGGAAUGGAGGCAGCUGGCCAGAUGCCCCAUGGAGUGCCCCCUGGAGAACAGCCAGUACCAGCUCUGUGGAACAGCCUGCCCAGCCACGUGUGUGGACCAGUCAGCCCCCAGCAGCUGCCAAGACCCCUGCGUGGAAAGCUGCCAGUGCAAGGAUGGGUUUGUGCUGAGCCAGGGCAAAUGCAUCCCCAAGAGCAGCUGUGGAUGCCUGUUUGAGGGGCGCCCCUUUGCCCCCAGUGAGAGUUUCUGGGUCGAUGAGGCAUGUGGGACACGGUGCAUGUGCAACGCAGCCACUAGACAAGUCAAAUGCGUGCCUGCUAUGUGCAAACGUUCAGAGAGGUGCGGGCUAGUGAACGGCGUACGGGGCUGUUACCCCUCCAGCUACGCCACAUGCUCUGUGACAAGGAAUCUGCACUAUGCCACCUUUGAUGGACAGAGAUAUGACUUCCAAGGCACCUGCCGCUACCAGCUCACGGCUCUGUGCAAGAAGGCAGAGGGACUGGUGGACUUUGAGGUCUACUUCCAGGAAAGCAAUACUGGUCCUGUGCAAAUCAAGGUCUAUGAGACCGACAUCAGGGUCAGCAAUCAAUUCCCUGGGAAAAUCAUGGUGAACAGUUUCCUGAUUACUCUUCCGUUCAACCUCGAUGAUAAGAAAAUCACUAUGUAUAGAAAGGGCUGGGCCACAGUGAUCCAGACAGACUUUGGUCUCACCGUUACCUAUGCUGGGUGGUCAGGACGCACCACAGUGACUCUGCCAGUCACCUACGCAGGAGCCGUGUGUGGUCUGUGUGGCAAUUUUAACAGUGACAGUGAGGAUGACAUGCUCAUGAGGGAUGGCACCCUGGCACCAAACCCCAUCAGCUUUGGCCAGAGCUGGAAGCUGGGCGACCUCCCGGGUUGCUCUGCAGUAACGAUACCACCAUGCGCAAGUGUAGAGGCUAUUGAAAAAGAACAACGAGGUAGCAGAGGGCAGUGUGGGCUCAUCUUAUACAAGAGUGGCCCUUUCAGAGGAUGUCACAGCAAAGUGGACCCCAAUGGAUACUUCAUAGACUGCGUGUAUGGCUAUUGCGUCCUCAGUGGGCGGGAGAGUAAUGUCUGCCAGGCUGUUGCUGGCUAUGCUGAGGCAUGUCAGGAAGCUGGAGCUAUGGUGCGUCCCUGGAGGACAACGAAAUUCUGCUCUCCGUCCUGUCCCCAGAACAGUCACUACGAAUUCUGCAUCACCAGCUGCGAUCUGACAUGCAGCAACCUCUAUGCCCCGGUGCAAUGCAUGACCCGGUGUAAGGAAGGCUGCGUGUGUGACGAGGGCUUUGUUCUCAGUGGUGAUCGCUGCGUCCCCAUUUCCCAGUGCGGAUGCCUCCACGGGGGAAUUUACUACCAGGCUGCAGAGACCUUCCACCCGAGCGGUUCAUGUGAGGAGCAGUGUGUGUGUCAGGCUGGUGGGGAGGUUGUGUGUAAGGCAUUCUCCUGCGGCGCUGGUGAGGAAUGCGGGGUGGUGGACGGCAUCCAGAAAUGCCACCCAUUUGGAUCUGCGACCUGUUCUGCCUCUGGCCAUCCCCACUACCUCUCUUUCGAUGGGGUCUCCUUUGACUUCCAAGGCACCUGCACCUACAUCCUGGCCAAGACUUGCACUGAUGCCCGUGACCUUACACCAUUCACUAUCAGCGUAGAGAAAGAAGAUUGGGGCACCAGGAACAUAUCUGUGGCCAAGCUGGUGUCCAUUCAGGUGUAUGGGAUCACACUCACCCUGCUGCAAAACAAACAGGGGCUCAUCAUGGUGAAUGGGGUGUCCCACAACCUCCCAGUGAUCGUGGCUGAUGGGCGACUUAGAGCGUAUCAACAUGGCACAAACAUUCUGGUGCAAACCAACUUCGGCCUCACUGUGAGCUACGACCUGGUUUACCAGGCCAGGGUCACCAUCCCAGGAAGCUACGAGGGCCUGAUGUGCGGCCUGUGCGGGAACUACAACGGACAGGAAGAUGAGGAGUUCUUGCUCCCUGAUGGCAGGACAGCCUCUGAUGCAGCAGCAUUUGGCUCUGCUUGGGAAGUCCAGAUCCCAGGAGCAUCCUGCACAGACAGAUGUGCUGGAAACAGCUGUCCAGUUUGUGAGGAGAGGAAGAAGAACGUCUUCAAAGGGCACAACUCCUGUGGGCUGCUCACAGACCCCGACGGCCCCUUCACAGCCUGCCACAGGACGGUUAGCCCCAGCGUGUAUCAGAGCAACUGCCUGUAUGAUCUGUGCCUGGCCAAUGGGGAUGCACAGGUUCUUUGCCAAAGCAUCCACAGCUACGUAACGGCCUGCCAAGAGGCCGGGGCCUCCAUCCAGCCCUGGAGGAGCGCCUCCUUCUGCCCUGUGAGCUGCCCAGUCAACAGCCACUACAAAGUCUGUGCCGACCUCUGUUCCACCACCUGCUCUGGACACAUCAUGGACUGCCCGAAGAUCUGUGCUGAAGGCUGCGAGUGCGACGAUGGCUUCUUCUACGACGGCCAGGGCUGUGUGACUGCAGAAAGCUGUGGGUGCUUCGAGCAUGGGAGAUAUUACAAGCCCAGAGAGACCAUCCUGACUAAUGAGUGCCAGCAAAGCUGCACCUGCGUUCCUGCUCGAGGGGUGACUUGUAAAGCCCACAGCUGCUCCCAAGAAGAAAUCUGCCAGAUUAGAGAUGGUGUCAGGGCCUGCAUCAGCAAAGUUAUUCCAUCCUGCAGUGUGGUUCGCUGCAGAGAAGGAACUAUUUGCAAGAUGAUAAAUGGGCAGCCAGAGUGUGUGCCAGUCUCUCAGGCCACAUGCUGGGCUGCGGGUUACUUGCAUUACCACACCUUCGAUGGACGGGUGUAUGAUUUCCACGGCACCUGCAACUACAUGGUGGCCAAGACCUGCAGGGAUGCCUCCGGCCUGCCCUCCUUCCACGUCACGGCCAAGAUCGAGAACAGUGGGAACAAACAGGUCUUCUACAUUGGGUCGGUAACUGUCCAGGUGGAUGGAGUCACCAUCACAGCAGCCAGGGCUGAGGUCGGCUUUGUGGGGGUGAAUAACACCAGGGCCCACUUACCCAUCUCUCUGAACAAUGGGGCCCUUCGGCUCUAUCAGAGCGGCACCUCCCUCAUCCUCCGCACCGACUUCAACCUCAGAGUGUCUUAUGACUGGAACAACCACCUAAGUGUCACUGUCCCCAGGGUCUUCUCCAACAGCCUGUGCGGCCUGUGCGGCAACUAUAAUGGGGACCCCUCCGAUGACUUCCGGACCCCGGAUGGGGACCUGGCUCCCAGUGUCGCUGCCUUGGGGAAAAGCUGGGCAGUGGAAGAUGAGGAUCAGUUUUGCUGGCACGAUUGCAUUGGAGGUUGCAGACCCUGUGACCCCAGCAUAGCCAGAAAGUACAAGGAGGAGGCCUUGUGCGGCCUGAUAACCAAAGUCUCAGAUGGGCCCUUCAGCCAGUGCCACAGCAAGGUGGAUCCUACAGUCUACUUCGACAAUUGCGUAUACGAUCUGUGCCACAACGAUGGCUACAGGAAGGCCCUGUGUGAGGCCCUGAAGGCCUAUGCGGACGCCUGCCAGCUGGAGGGGGUCAGGAUUGGGGAAUGGAGGCAGCUGGCCAGAUGCUCCAUGGAGUGCCCCCUGGAGAACAGCCAGUACCAGCUCUGUGGAACAGCCUGCCCAGCCACGUGUGUGGACCAGUCAGCCCCCAGCAGCUGCCAAGACCCCUGCGUGGAAAGCUGCCAGUGCAAGGAUGGUUUUGUGCUGAGCCAGGGCAAAUGCAUCCCCAAGAGCAGCUGUGGAUGCCAGUUUGAGGGGCGCCCCUAUGCCCCCAGUGAGAGUUUCUGGGUCGAUGAGGCAUGUGGGACACGGUGCAUAUGCAAUGCAGCCACUAGACAAGUUGAAUGCGUGGCUGCUACGUGCAAACAUUCGGAUUGGUGCAGGCUAGUGAAGGGCGUACGGGGCUGUUACCCCUCCAGCUAUGCCACCUGCUCUGUGACAAGGAAUCUGCACUAUGCCACCUUUGAUGGACAGAGAUACGACUUCCAAGGCACUUGCCGCUACCAGCUCACGGCUCUCUGCGAGAAGGCAGAGGGACUGGUGGACUUUGAAGUCAACUUCCAGGAAAACAAUACUGCUCCUGUACAGAUCAAGGUUUAUCAGACCAACCUCAGGAUCAGCAAUCAAUUCCCUGGGAAAGUCCUGGUGAACAGUUUCCUGAUGAAUCUUCCCCUCAACCUGAUUGAUAAGAAAAUCACUGUGUAUAGAAAUGGCUGGGCCACAGUGAUCCAGGCAGACUUUGGCCUCACCGUUACCUAUGCCGGGUGGUCAGGACGCACCACGGUCACUCUGCCAGUCACCUACGCAGGAGCCGUGUGUGGUCUGUGUGGCAACUUCAACAGUGACAGGGAGGACGACAUGCUCAUGAGGGAUGGCACGCUGGCACCAAGCCCAGUCAGCUUUGGCCAGAGCUGGAAGGUGGGCAACCUCCCGGGAUGCUCUGCAAUAAUGAUACCACCAUGCGCAAGUGUAGAGGCUAUUGAAAAACAACAACGAGGUAGCAGAGGGCAGUGUGGGCUCAUCCUCCACAAGCGUGGCCCUUUCAGAGGAUGUCACAGCAAAUUGGACCCCAAUGGAUACUUCAUAGACUGCGUGUAUGGCUAUUGCGUCCUCAGUGAGCGGGAGAGUAAUGUGUGCCAGGCCGUUGCUGGCUAUGCUGAGGCAUGUCAGGAAGCUGGAGCUAUGGUGCUUCCCUGGAGGACUACAAAAUUCUGCUCUCCGUCCUGUCCCCCGAACAGUCACUAUGAAUUCUGCAGCAGCUGUGAUCUGACAUGCAGCAACCUCUAUGCCCCGGUGCAAUGCACGUCCCAGUGUAAGGAAGGCUGCGUGUGUAAUCAGGGUUUUGUUCUCAGCGGCGACCACUGCGUCCCCAUUUCCCAGUGCGGAUGCCUCCACAGAGGACUUUACUACCAGCCCUGGGAGACCUUCCACCCAAGUGGUUCAUGUGAGGAGCAGUGCGUGUGUCAGGCUGGUGGGGAGGUUGUGUGUAAGGCAUUCUCCUGCAGCAGUGGUGAGGAAUGCGGGGUGGUGAACGGCAUCCAGAAAUGCCACCCAUUUAGAUCUGCGACCUGUUCUGCCUCUGGCCAUCCCCACUACCUCUCUUUCGACGGGGUCCCCUUUGACUUCCAAGGCACCUGCACCUACAUCCUGGCCAAGACCUGCACCGAUGCCAGCAACCUUACACCAUUCACUAUCAGCAUAGAGAAAGAAUCCUGGGGCAGCGGGAACGUCUCCAUGGCCAAGCUGGUGUCCAUCCAGGUGUAUGGGAUCACACUCACCCUGCUGCAGAGCAAACAGGGGCUCAUCAUGGUGGACGGGGUAUCCCACAAUCUCCCCGUGAUAAUGGUCAAUGGGCAGCUCCGAGCAUAUCAGCACGGCACUAAUGUCCUGGUGCAAACCAACUUUGGCCUCACUGUGAGCUACGACCUGGUUUACCAGGCCAGAGUCACCAUCCCAGGAAGCUACCAUGGCCAGACAUGUGGCCUGUGUGGGAACUACAAUGGACAGCAGGACGAGGAGUUCCUGCUUCCCAGUGGCAGGACAGCCCCUGAUGUGGCAGCAUUUGGCUCUGCUUGGGAAGUCCAGAUCCCAGGAGCAUCCUGUACAGACAGAUGUGCUGGAAACAGCUGUCCAGUUUGCGAAGAGAAGAAGAAGGAGGUCUUCAAAGGGCGCAACUCUUGUGGGCUGCUCAGAGACCCCGACAGUCCCUUUGCGGCCUGCCAUGGCACGGUCAGCCCCAGCGUGUAUUUCAACAACUGCCUGUAUGAUCUUUGCCUGGGAAAGGGGGACUCCCAGGUCCUGUGCCAGAGCAUCCACAGCUACGUGACGGCCUGCCAAGAGGCUAAGGUCUUCAUCCAGCCCUGGAGGAGCGCCUCCUUCUGCCCUGUGAGCUGCCCGGUCAACAGCCACUACGAGCUCUGCGGUAACCUCUGUACCACCAGCUGCACUAGAGACAUCAUGGACUGCCCGGAGACCUGUGCUGAAGGCUGCCAGUGUGACGAGGGCUUCUUCUUCGAUGGCCAGGGCUGUGUGACUCUGGGGAACUGCGGGUGCUUCAAACAGGGGAGAUACUACAAGCCCAGUGAGACUGUCCUGAUGAAUGAGUGCCAGCAAAGCUGCACCUGUGUUCCUGCCCGAGAGGUGACUUGCAAAGCCCACAACUGCACCAGUGGAGCAACCUGCCAGAUCAGAGACAGCGUCAUGGACUGCAUCAGCCAAGUUAUUCCAAAGCCAUCCUGCAGUGUGGUCCGCUGCAGGGAAGGAACUAUUUGUAAGAUGAUAAAUGAGCAGCCAAAGUGUGUGCCGGUCUCUCGGGGCACGUGCUGGGCUGGGGGAUACUUUCAUUACCGCACCUUCGAUGGAUGGGCCUAUGAUUUCCAUGGCAACUGCACCUACACCGUGGCCAAGACCUGCAGGGAUGCCGCCGGCCUGCCCUCCUUCCAUGUCAUGGUCAAGAGUGAGAACAGUGGGAACACACAGGUCUUCUACAUUGGGUCGGUGACUGUCCAGGUGGAUGGAGUCACUGUCACAGCGGCCAGGGCUGAAGCCGGCUUUGUGUGGGUGAAUAACACCAGGGCCCACUUACCCAUCUCCCUGAACAACGGGGCCCUUCGGCUCUAUCAGAGCGGCACCUCCCUCGUCCUCCGCACCAACUUCAACAUCAGGGUGUCCUAUGACUGGAACAACCACCUGAGGGUCACCGUCCCUAAUGACUUCUCCGACAGUCUGUGCGGCCUGUGCGGCAACUAUAACGGGGACCCCUCCGAUGAUUUCCGGACCCCAGAUGGGGAUCUGGCUCCCAGUGUCACCGCCCUGGGGAAAAGCUGGGCAGUGGAAGAUGAGGAUCAGUUUUGCUGGCACGAUUGCAUUGGAGGUUGCAGACCCUGUGACCCCAGCAUAACCAAAAAGUACAAGGAGGAGGCCUUGUGCGGCCUGAUAACCAAGGUCUCAGAUGGGCCCUUCAGCCAGUGCCACAGCAAGGUGGAUCAUACAGUCUACUUUGACAACUGCGUGUACGAUCUGUGCCACAACGAGGGCUACCGGAAGGCCCUGUGUGAGGCCCUGAAGGCCUACGCGGACGCCUGCCAGCUGGAGGGGGUCAGGAUUGGGGAAUGGAGGAAGCUGGCCAGAUGCUCCAUGGAGUGCCACCUGGAGAACAGCCAGUACCAGCUCUGUGGAACAGCCUGCCCAGCCACGUGUGUGGACCAGUCAGCCCCCAGCAGCUGCCAAGACCCCUGCGUGGAAAGCUGCCAGUGCAAGGAUGGUUUUGUGCUGAGUCAGGGCAAAUGCAUCCCCAAAGGCAAGUGUGGGUGCCAGUUUGAAGGGCGCCCCUAUGCCCCCAACGAGAGCUUCUGGGUAGAUGAGGCAUGUGGGACACGGUGCAUAUGCAAUGCAGCCACUAGACAAGUCGAAUGCGUGGCUGCUACGUGCAAACACUUGGAGAGGUGCGGGCUAGUGAACAGUGUACGGGGCUGUUACCCCUCCAGCUACGCCACCUGCUCUGUGACAAGAAAUCUGCACUAUUCCACCUUUGAUGGACAAAGAUAUGACUUCCAAGGCACCUGCCGCUACCAGCUCACAGCUCUGUGCAAGAAGGCAGAGGGACUGGUGGACUUUGAGGUCUACUUCCAGGAGAACAAUACCGCUCCUGUACAGAUCAAGGUUUAUCAGACCAAACUCAAGAUCAGCAAUCAAUUCCCUGGGAAAGUACUGAUGAAUGGUUUCCUGAUUAACCUUCCCUUCAACCUCAAUGAUAAGAAAAUCACUGUGUAUAGAAAGGGCUGGGCCACAGUGAUCCAGGCCGACUUUGGCCUCACUGUUACUUUUGCCGGGUGGUCAGGACGCAUCACGGUCACCCUGCCAUCGACCUACGCGGGAGCUGUGUGUGGUCUGUGUGGCAACUUCAACAAGGACAGGGAGGACGACUUGCUCAUGAGGGAUGGCACACUGGCACCAAGCCCAGUCAGCUUUGGCCAGAGCUGGAAGGUGGGAAACCUCCCAGGAUGCUCUGUAGUAAUGAUACCACCAUGCACAAAUAUAGAGGCAAUUGAAAAGGAACAACGAGGUAGCAGAGGGCAGUGUGGGAUCAUCCUAGACAAGAAUGGCCCCUUCAGAGGAUGUCACAGCAAAGUGGACCCCCAUGGAUACUUCGUAGACUGCGUGUACAGCUAUUGUGUCCUCAGUGAGCGGGAGAGUAAUGUCUGCCAGGCCGUUGCUGGCUAUGCUGAGGCAUGUCAGGAAGCUGGAGCUAUGGUGCAUCCCUGGAGGACUACAAAAUUUUGCUCUCCGUCUUGUCCCCCAAAAAGUCACUACGAAUUCUGCAGCAGCAGCUGUGAUCUGACAUGCAGCAACCUCUAUGCCCCGGUGCAAUGCACGACCCGGUGUAAGGAAGGCUGCGUGUGUGAUGAGGGCUUUGUUCUCAGUGGUGACCGCUGUGUCCCCUUUUCCCAGUGCGGAUGCCUCCACAGGGGACUUUACUACCAGGCCGGGGAGACCUUCCACCCGAGCGGUUCAUGCAAGGAGCAGUGCGUGUGUCAGGCUGGUGGGGAGGUUGUGUGUAAGGCAUUCUCCUGCGGCGCUGGUGAGCAAUGCGGGGUGGUGGAUGGCAUCCAGAAAUGUCACUCAUUUGGAUUUGCGACCUGUUCUGCCUCUGGCCAUCCCCAUUACCUCUCUUUCGACGGGGUCCCCUUUGACUUCCAAGGCACCUGCACCUACAUCCUGGCCAAGACCUGCACCGAUGACAGCAACCUUACACCAUUCACUAUCAGUGUAGAGAAAGAAGAUUGGGACACUAGGAAUGUGUCCGUGGCCAAGCUGGUGUCCAUUCAGGUGUAUGGCAUCACACUCACCCUGCUGUGGAGCAAACAGGGGCUCAUCAUGGUGGACGGGGUGUCCCACAACCUGCCUGUGAUCGUGGCCGAUGGGCGACUCUGGGCAUAUCAGCACAGUGUGAACGUCUUGGUGCAAACUGACUUUGGCCUCACCGUGAGCUACGACCUGGUUUACCAGGUCAGAGUCAUAGUCCCGGGUCGCUACCAUGGCCGGAUGUGCGGCCUGUGCGGGAACUACAAAGGGCAGCAGGAUGACGAGUUCCUGCUCCCCGAUGGCAGGGUGGCCCCUGACACUGCAUCCUUCGGGUCUGCCUGGGAAGUUCAGAUCCCAGAGGCAUCCUGUACAGACAGAUGUGCUGGGAACAGCUGUCCGGUCUGCAAGGAGGAGAGGAAAGAUGUCUUCAAAGCGCACAACUACUGCGGGUUGCUCACAGCCUCUGAUGGCCCUUUUGCCACCUGCCACGGCACGGUCAGCCCCAACGUGUAUUUCAACAACUGCUUGUAUGAUCUGUGCCUGGGCAAUGGGGACUCCCAGGUCCUGUGCCAGAGCAUCCACAGCUACGUGACAGCCUGCCAAGAGGCCAGGGCCCCCAUCCAGCCCUGGAGGAGCGCGUCCUUCUGCCCUCUGACCUGCCCAGCCAACAGCCACUACGAGGUCUUGGCCAACCUCUGUACCACCACCUGCCCUGGAGACAUCAUGGACUGCCCGGAGGCCUAUGCUGAAGGCUGCCAGUGUGACAAGGGCUUCUUCUUCGACGGCCAGGGCUGCGUGACUCUGGAGAACUGUGGGUGCUUCAAGCGUGGGAGAUACUACAAGCCCAGAGAGACCGUCCUGACAAAUGAGUGCCAGCAAAGCUGCACCUGCACUCCUGCCCGAGAGGUGACCUGCAAAGCUCACAGCUGCGCCAGAGAAGAAACUUGCCAGAUCAGAGACGGUGUCAUGGACUGCAUCAGCAAAGAUCCCUGCAAAACCCUGAAAUGCCGGAUCAAGGAGAGAUGCAGAAUUGAAAAUGGCCAAGAGGCAUGUGUUCCUGCCUACACUGGAAUCUGCCAAGGCUCAGGGCAUGCACAGUAUAAAACUUUUGAUGGCCUGAAGUUUGAUUUGCAGGACACCUGCAAGUACACCAUCGCUAAGUACUGUGGCAGCGACCCUACCCUGGAGUCCUUCACUAUUGAUGAGAAGAACAACAACAGGGGGAACCAGGAAAUCUCCUUAUGGCAGGUGACCAAUAUCUAUGUCUACGGGUACAACAUCUCCAUCUACAAGAGGGAAGUUGGCAAAGUCCGGCUGAACAGUGUGAUCACCAGUCUCCCAGUGACGCUGAAAGAUGGUAAAAUCAAACUGUACCAGAAAGACCUCAGCACCGUCCUGCAGACGGACUUCGGCCUCCAGAUCACAUAUGACAAAAAUUGGCAUGUAGCGAUCACCCUCCCCAGCAGCUAUUAUGGGGCCACGUGUGGCCUAUGUGGGAACUUCAACCAGAAUCCAGAUGAUGACAUGAUGUCAUCCAAAGGCACCAGCGUCUCCUCCAUCAUGGACUGGGCUGCCAGUUGGAAAGUCCAAGACCGGGACCCCUUUUGCUGGGAUUAUUGCCAAGGGACUUGCCCAAUGUGUGAUGAGAGCAAGAGAGCUCUGUAUGGGGAUGACAGUCACUGUGGGGUGAUCAGUAAAGCACCGGGAGGGCCCUUCAGAGAGUGUCACUCCAAGGUGAGCGCUGAUGACUUCUUUGACAACUGCAUCUAUGACAUGUGUCUGAAUGAGGGGGACAAGAGCAUUCUGUGUGAGGCGCUGGAGGCCUACGCGGACGCCUGCAGGAGGCAUGGGGUCACUGUCGAUGACUGGAGGACGCCAUCCAGUUGUGAUGCCUGCAAUGCUCUGAAAUGCAGAACCAAAGAGACAUGCCGGUCUGAGGAUGGCCACGCAUCAUGUAUUCCUGACUACAUGGGAACCUGCUUGGGCUCAGGGGACAUGAACUAUCAAACGUUUGAUGGUCUGAAGUUUGACUUCCAGGGCACCUGCACCUACACCCUGGCCAAAUACUGUGGGAGUGACGCCACCCUGGAGCCUUUCACCAUUUAUGAGAAGAACGCCAAUAGGGAGAGCCAGGAUAUCUCCUUUCUGCGAGUGACCAACGUCUACAUCUAUGGGUACAACAUCUCCAUGUACAAGAGGGAAGUUGGCAAAGUCCGGCUAAAUGGUGUGAUCACCCGUCUCCCGGUGACGCUGAAAGACGGUAAAAUCAGACUAUACCAGAAAGGCCUCAGCACCGUCAUGCAGACGGACGUUGGCCUCCGGGUAGGGUACAACAAGAACUGGCAUCUGGAAAUCACCCUCCCCAGCAGCUAUUAUGGUGCCAUGUGCGGUCUUUGUGGGAACUUCAACCAGAACCCAGAAGAUGACAUGAUGUCCUCCAAUGGCAUCAAAGUCUCCUCCAUUGUGGGCUGGGCUUCCAGUUGGAAAGUCCAAGACCGGGACCCCUUUUGCUGGAAUAAUUGCCAAGAGACUUGCCCAAUGUGUGAUGAGAGCAAGAGAGCUCUGUAUGGGGAUGACAGUCACUGUGGGGUGAUCAGUAAAACACCGGAAGGGCCCUUUAGAGACUGUCACUCCAGGGUGAGCCCCGACAAAGUCUUUGACAACUGCAUUUACGACGUGUGUCUGAAUGAGCAGGACAAGACCAUUCUGUGUGCAUCGCUGGAGGCCUAUGCAGACUCCUGCAGGGACCAUGGAGUCACUGUCUAUGACUGGAGGACGCCGUCCAGCUGUGAUGAAUCUCGAGAAACCUGCCAAACCCUGAAAUGCCGAACCAAGGAGACUUGCAAGACAGAGGAUGGCCACGCAACAUGUGUUCCUGACUACGUGGGAACUUGCUGGGGCUGGGGGGACCCACAUUAUCACACCUUUGAUGGCCUGAAGUUUGACUUCCAGGGCACCUGCACCUACACCAUUGCCAAGUACUGUGGGACUGACCGCUCCCUGGAGCCCUUUACCAUCGAUGAGAAGAAUGAUAACAGGGGCAGCCAGGCUAUCUCCUUUCUACGAGUGACCAACAUCUAUGUCUACGGGUACAACAUCUCCAUCUACAAGAGGGAAGUUGGGAAAGUCCGGCUAAACGGCGUGAUCACCAGUCUCCCAGUGACACUCUCAGACGGUAAAAUCAGAGUGUACCAGAGCGGCUUCCGCGCCAUCCUGCAGACAGACUUUGGUCUCCAGGUGGCAUACAACUGGGACUGGCAUCUGGUGAUCACCCUCCCCAGCAGCUAUUAUGGGGCCACGUGUGGCCUAUGUGGGAACUUCAACCAGAACCCUGAAGAUGACAUGACAUCAGCCAGUGGCACCAAAGUCUCCUCCAUCGUGGGCUGGGCUGCUAGUUGGAAAGUCCAAGACCAGGAUCCUUUUUGCUGGGAUUCCUGCCAAGAGAACUGCCUGACAUGUGAUGAGAGCACAAGGAAGCUGUACGGGGGCGACAGUCACUGUGGGUUGAUCAGCAAAGCACCAGGAGGGCCCUUCAGAGAGUGUCACUCCAGAGUGAACUCCAGUGAGUUCUUUGAUAGCUGCAUCUAUGACGUGUGUGUGAACAGGGGCGCUGCGAGAAUCUUGUGCCAGGCGCUGGAGGCCUAUGCAGCAAGCUGCCGAGACCAUGGGGCCACCGUCUAUGACUGGAGGAUGCCAUCUGGCUGUGCCCUGCCCUGCCCUGAGAACAGCCACUACGAGGCCUGUGGAAACGCCUGCCCAGCCAGCUGCUCUGACCGAACUGCCCCCUCCUCCUGCCGGGAGCCCUGCGUGGAGACCUGCCAGUGUAAUGACGGUUACGUCCUCAGCACUGACAAGUGCGUCCCCCUGGCGAGCUGUGGCUGUGACUACAAAGGCCGCUACUACAAACCCAGUGAGGAGUUCUGGGACGAUGAGAACUGCCACUCUCAGUGCAGGUGUGACCCCAGCCUGGGCACAGUGGUUUGCAGGAAGAACAGCUGCAAGGCCAAAGAAAGAUGCUCCGUGGUCAAUGGGGUCCGUGGCUGCCAUGCAAUCAGCUACUCCACCUGCAUAGGUACUGGAGACCCUCACUACACCACCUUUGAUGGGAAAAAGUAUGAUUUUAUGGGCACCUGCAUCUACCAGUUUGCGGCUCUCUGCUCCGAGGACCCCACACUCACCCCGUUCAAUGUCAAAGUGGAGAACAACAACCGAGGCAGCAAGGCCGUGUCCUUCACCAAAACAGUGACCUUAGAGGUCUACAACGUGACCAUCAGCUUGAGCCAGGAACAUCCACGCAAGAUCCAGGUCAAUGGUGUCUUUGUGGACCUGCCCUUCUCCCACCAGCACAAGUUCAAGGCCUACAUCAGUGGAGUCCAUGGCUUUAUCCAGACUGAUUUCGACCUGAGAGUGAGUUUUGACUGGUACAGCUAUGCCAGGGUUAUCAUACCCAAUACGUACGCCAACGCAGUCUGCGGCCUCUGUGGCAAUGCCAAUCAGGAUCCCAGCGACGAUCUGACCAUGAAGAAUGGAACUCGGACAUCUGAUGAGAUUCAGUUCGCUGACAGCUGGAAGGUGGGGGAGGUCCCAGGGUGCUCGUCUAGCUGCACCGGGGACUGCUCAGUCUGCAGUGAGGCUCAGAAACAACCCUAUAAGGGAGACCAGUACUGCGGGGUCCUCACCCGACAGUAUGGGCCAUUCAGACAGUGCCACGGGGCCAUCGACCCAGAUCCCUUCUUUGAUGAUUGUAUCUAUGACACCUGCCAAUACAAGGGUCACCAGGACACGCUGUGCACCGCAAUCAGCGCCUACGUCACAUCCUGCCAGGCCAAGGGCAUCUGGAUAGGGCAGUGGAGAUCAGCCUCAUUCUGCAGACCCACCUGCCCCCUUAACUCUCACUACGAACUCUGUGGAACCGGCUGCCCUUCCAACUGCAACAACCUGUGGUCUCUAGAUCGGUGUGAGGAGCCCUGUGCUGAAGGGUGUUUCUGUGAUGCUGGAUUCACCCUGAGUGGUGACAAGUGCAUCCCUGUUGCGCAGUGUGGCUGUGUGUACCAGGCCAUCUAUUACAAGAAGGGAGAGGAGUUCUACCCCAGCGCCUCCUGCCAGAAACGCUGCCUGUGCAAAGACAAUGGGGUUGUUGAGUGCCAAGAGGCUUCCUGUGGAGCCAAUGAGGAGUGCAGGGUGGAGAACGGAGUCCUGGGCUGCCAUGCCACAGGAUAUGGAACAUGCAUCGCUUCUGGCGGACCUCACUACAUCUCCUUUGAUGGACAGGCCUUUGACUUCCAGGGCUCCUGCACUUACACCUUAGCCAAGGUCUGCAGCAGAGACUCUGGACUGGGAAACUUCUCUGUGGUGGUGGAGAAUGAGAGCCCUGGCAGUGGCCAGAUGGCUGUGAUGAGGACAGUGGUGGUGUCCCUGCAUGAUUACAUCAUCACCAUGGAGAGGGGGAGGAAGUGGAAGAUUGCGGUGGGUGGUGAGCUCUACACCCUGCCACUGGCUACGGACGAUGGAAAACUUUGGAUCAACCAAGAGGGGAACAACAUCAUUGUCCAAUCAGCCUCUGGCCUCAAAGUCUUUUAUGACACUGCCUCCUACCUCCUAGUGUUCGUCCCCAGCUCCUAUAAGGGACAUGUGUGUGGCUUGUGUGGCAACUUUAACGAUGACAAGAACGAUGAUUUCCUACUGCCCGGUGUGAAGAAUACCCAGAAUGUGGAUGAAUUUGUUGCCUUCUGGAAGGUGCCUGUUGAGGAUGCCAUAUGCUCUGAUGGCUGUGGUGAGAAGUGCCCCAUCUGUGAUGCAGCCCAGACAGCUCCGUACCAGACUAGGAGCUCCUGUGGGCUGAUCCUGGACGCCUCAGGUCCCUUCAGAGACUGUCACUCAAAAAUCAAUCCUGUUCAGUACUUCAACCACUGUCUCUAUGACAUGUGUGCCACCAACGGAAGGGGAGAGACCCUCUGCCAGAGCCUGCAGGCUUAUGUGGCUGCAUGCCAGGCAGCUGGGGCCAAGAUCGAGACCUGGAGAACGGCCUCCUUCUGCCCCCUUGCCUGCCCAGCUAACAGCCACUACGAGCUGUGUACCAGAUCCUGUGAUUUCACCUGUGCCAGCUUGUUUGCCCCUGCCCAGUGCACCGGGAAGUGCUUUGAAGGCUGCUGGUGUGAUCCAGAAUAUGUGUCCGAUGGGGAGGCAUGCGUCUCCAUGGACAGGUGUGGCUGUGUGCACAAUGGACGCUACAUCAAGGCCAGGGAGAGCUUUGUCUCCAGCAAAUGCUCUGAGAAAUGCACCUGCCACGCUUCAGGCGAGGUCAUCUGUGAGGAAACAAACUGUUCCGAAGAGGAGAAAUGCAUGCUCAGGAAUGGGGUGCGCAGCUGCGUGAAGCAGGUGGGCCGGUGCACGCUGGACCCAGGAAUAUGGUUCACCUCCUUUGAUGGUGUCGAGAGGGAAGUCCUCCUUGAAGGGCCCUACGAGGUGUCUUCUCUCUGCGAAGGGGUCGACCUCCCCUGGUUCCGGAUGGUGGUCAGUGUGUUCAGAGAAGGUGGCGUGGCCGUUCCUGAUGGCAUCUCCGUUUUCUUUGAUGAGGGUCUGAUCCAUGUCAAUAAGAAAAAGGAGAUUUGGGUGAGAGGGCACCAAAAGCAGCUCCCAGUGAAGGUAUCCAGAACCUUGUCUGUCAGUGAGUCUCAGGGCACCAUCAUGAUUGUCCAGGGCUCUAGAAUAAAGAUUCUGUUCAGCCCAAACGGGAAGGUGACGGUGACAGUCAACGAGAGCCUAGCUAACAAGCUGUGUGCACCUUGCGGGAACUUCAAUGGCGACAUCUCCGACGACCUGCGGCUGCCCAGUGGGCAGGUCGUGGGGAACACCACGGACGUGUUUGAAGCUUGGAGGGCACGAGACCUCUCAAAAAGUGAACUUUAAAAGCCACCUGAGAAGCAAUGGAUCCCGCCCCCUUUCCCUUCCCUGCAUUGGACUGGGCUGGCCAGUUACUCCAUAACAGGUCAUAGCUUAGCACACAAACGUGUGUUCCUUCACGUAGGGUGCUCCCUGCAGCGUGGAUGAGUUCAGUGGUGCCGGGUGCAUGACGGAAAAUCUCAUCUGGACUUGUCAAUAGAGACAUUUGCAAAGGUGUGUCUGAAGCAGCUGGCUCUGGCAUGCCUCGGGAACUGGCUUUCGUGUUCCGCUUGGAUCUGACUGUGCUAAGGUCCCUUCACAGCGCCUGUUAAGGCCUCUUUAUGCUGCCAAAUUGGAAUAAAGGAGCCUCAGCAUAA